AUGGAAUUAGACCCAACCGGGAAAGAGAGAUUGGACAGAAUUAGUCGUCUGGUUUUCGACAGACGUAACCUCCAAACUCUCAGAGAAGGACUGUGUAGCUUGUUUGAUAUCUUUCAUGAUAUUCUGGAGAAAGACUUUGAGUAUGGAUGUUACUUUGAUAAUGACGAAAUCAUCGCAAGACUUGAUGAAGUUAAACAGAACAGAUGGGAUGACGUCAGAGAACACUUUAUAGAGGAUGUCUACCAUUCUUAUAACAAGGGGAACUUCACGGAUGACGAAAUCCGCGACCCCGCCAAACUCGUUCUGGAUCUCAUUAACCAGGUCAUCAAGUGCAAAGAGGGCGUGUAUCAGAAACUCGAGCAAAAGCACACGGAGAUCGAGGAGGCAGAGAGAAGAGUAGAAGAAUACCGGGAGAAAGCCCAGCAUGCAUAUGAGACGUUAAUGAACGAAAGAAAAGAAACAACGGAUAAACUCCUAGAAGCUGCCAAAACCAAAACCAAGUUAAAAUGCAUGGAGCAGCUAUAUGAGGAAAAGUCGCAAAAGCUACAAGAAUUACAGAGGACGAGUACUGUUAGUAUGUGGGAGAGAGAAAGGGAGAAAGUCGUGAAGGACUAUCAGCAAAAGAUAGAAGACCUUGAACACGAAAUUUCUUUUCUAAAGCAGAAUACGAGGACUAUUUCUCGAAGAAUGUCGAAUAUUGACGAUCAAAAUAAAAUGUUUAAAAUGAAGCAAGAGAGAGGCAAGUCUUUCCAAGAUGAUGUGGUUCCCGAUGUCGAUUCCCUGAAACGUGAUAUUUACGUCAGAGAAAAGGAUAUUAGUCAUUUAGAGGGAGAGCUUUAUGAUCAACAAAAGCUGUUCAUGGGAAUGGUAGCAGGUCUUAAAACAGAUAUCAGUAAAUUAAGUGAACACUUUUACGAUGAGGACACGUGUGAACGGGAUCCAGAAUUUGUCAAACUCCUCAAAAACGUCACCAAAAUCUACGAUGCCUUAGCAGAGGGAACCCUGCAACAAUCCAAACUUCUGAUGCCCCCACAUUAUACAUUUCAUGAUAAAGAAGUCAAGAUUAAGAGAGUACGAAGAUUAUCUAAAGCCAAUAUCUUGCCUAAACUAAGUUUAUCUGGAUUUUCAAAUGAACCACUGCCAGACAUCAGAGCAAAUGGAAAUGGCACAACUGAGGAGGAAAAUUCUUCUUCAAAACCUAGUGAACUCCAGGCGCUAGAGGAGAAUCCAGUUAUUGUAGAUCCAAAGACGAACAGGAUGAAUGGAAUAGUCUAUCUACGACAUUUUGCUCACAUGUCUCAGAAGUUUAUUUUAGAACAUUGGGCAAAGUUUCGGGAAUAUGAUAAAAAUGGUGAUCAAUCUUUGGAUGUUUAUGAAGUAUCUGAACUCUUACAAAGUUUAGGCCUAAAAGCUUUGCACACACAAAUAGAGGAGGCUAUGGACGAAGUCGACAUAGACAAAUCACAUACACUAGAUUUUUACGAAUAUUUACUAGUGGUAGAUAAAAUCACCAAAAAAUCAGGUAAAGCUGCUUUAUUUAAAAAUGGAAUUGGUAAACCCGAGGGAACAAAAGUGUGCGUGAUUCAGUGAGGGACAUUUGUGCAUUCUGAGGGAGAAGACAGAGGUGUCCCGGGUGGGGUGGGGGGAGGGGGUAAUAUAGUGCUGCAAUGUUAAUAGUCACUCUUUAAAAUUGACAGUAGCAUGUGUGCCAACGUGAAAUUUAUUACUCAUUUUUCAUGAUAAUAAUUAUGUAUGACGUCAAUAUCCUCACUUUUUAAACAUAUCUAUAUAGAUUAUAGAUUUUAUAAUACGAUUGCAUAAUUCUACCUAGCAAGCGGUAAGUUGAAUAUUUUCCUUUUUAGCUACUUUAAUUAUGUGAUUA